CUCCCCGCGGUCCCGGAGGUUUCACUGCACAACAAGAUGGCGGCGGCGGCGGCGAGCGGAGCUGGCGGGGCUGCUGGGGCCGGAGCGGGAGGAGCCGGGCCGGCGGGCCGCCUGCUGCCUCUUCCCGCCCCGGGACCCCCGGCUGCCCCCGCUGCUGUGGCCCCGGCGGCUAGCUCGCCGCGUCCCCCAGCUCCGGCCUCCCGCGGGCCGGUGCCUGCCCGCAUCGGCUACUACGAGAUCGACCGCACCAUCGGCAAGGGCAACUUCGCCGUGGUCAAGCGGGCCACGCACCUCGUCACCAAGGCCAAGGUUGCUAUCAAGAUCAUAGACAAGACGCAGCUAGACGAAGAAAACUUGAAGAAGAUUUUCCGGGAAGUUCAAAUUAUGAAGAUGCUUUGCCACCCCCAUAUCAUCAGGCUUUACCAGGUUAUGGAGACAGAACGGAUGAUUUAUUUGGUGACAGAAUAUGCUAGUGGAGGGGAAAUAUUUGACCACCUGGUGGCUCAUGGUAGAAUGGCAGAAAAGGAGGCCCGUAGGAAGUUCAAACAGAUUGUUGCAGCUGUCUUUUUUUGUCACUGCCGGAACAUUGUUCAUCGUGAUCUAAAAGCUGAAAAUUUGCUUCUGGACGCCAAUCUGAAUAUCAAAAUAGCAGAUUUUGGCUUCAGCAACCAUUUCACUCCUGGACAGCUGCUGAAGACGUGGUGCGGCAGUCCUCCCUAUGCUGCCCCUGAGCUCUUUGAAGGAAAGGAGUAUGAUGGGCCCAAAGUGGACAUCUGGAGCCUUGGAGUUGUCCUCUACGUGCUUGUGUGUGGUGCCCUGCCAUUUGAUGGGAGCACACUGCAGAAUCUGCGGGCCCGGGUGUUGAGUGGAAAGUUCCGCAUCCCAUUUUUUAUGUCCACAGAGUGUGAGCACUUGAUCCGUCACAUGCUGGUGUUGGACCCGAGUAAGCGCCUCUCCAUGGAGCAGAUCUGCAAGCACAAAUGGAUGAAGCUGGGGGACACCGAUCCCAACUUUGACAGGUUAAUAGCUGAAUGCCAACAGCUAAAGGAAGAAAGACAGACAGAUUCUUUGAAUGAGGAUGUCCUUUUGGCCAUGGAAGACAUGGGACUGGACAAAGAGCGGACACUACAGUCAUUAAGAUCAGAUGCCUAUGAUCACUAUAGUGCAAUCUACAGUCUGCUGUGUGAUCGACACAAGAGACAUAAAACCCUGCGUGUCGGAGCGCCUUCUAGCAUGCCUCGAGCCAUGGCAUUUCAAGCACCAAUCAAUAUCCAGUCAGAGCAGGCUGGUACCACCAUGAACAUCAGCGUUCCGCAGGUGCAGCUGAUCAACCCAGAGAAUCAAAUUGUGGAGCCGGAUGGGACAGUGAACUUGGACAGUGAUGAAGGUGAAGAGCCUUCCCCUGAAGCAUUGGUUCGUUAUUUGUCAAUGAGGAGGCACACAGUGGGUGUGGCUGACCCACGCACGGAAGUUAUGGAUGAUCUGCAGAAGCUCCUACCUGGCUUUCCUGGAGUCAACCCACAGGCUCCUUUCCUACAGGUGGCCCCUAACGUGAACUUCAUGCACAACCUGUUGCCCAUGCAAAAUUUGCAACCAGCUGGGCAGCUUGAGUACAAGGAGCAGUCCCUGUUACAGCCGCCCCCACUACAGCUGCUGAAUGGAAUGGGCCCCCUUGGCCGGAGGGCAUCAGAUGGAGGAGCCAACAUCCAGCUCCAUGCUCAGCAGCUGCUGAAGCGCCCACGGGGACCCUCUCCACUCGUCACCAUGACACCAGCAGUGCCAGCAGUUACCCCUGUGGACGAGGAAAGCUCGGAUGGGGAGCCUGAUCAGGAAGCUGUGCAGAGGUACUUGGCAAAUAGGUCCAAAAGACAUACACUGGCCAUGACCAACCCUACAGCCGAGAUCCCACCGGACCUACAACGGCAGCUAGGACAGCAGCCUUUCCGUUCCCGGGUCUGGCCUCCUCACCUGGUACCUGAUCAGCAUCGCUCUACUUACAAGGACUCCAACACCCUGCACCUCCCUACAGAGCGUUUCUCUCCUGUGCGCCGGUUCUCAGAUGGGGCUGCAAGCAUCCAGGCCUUCAAAGCUCACCUGGAAAAAAUGGGCAACAACAGCAGCAUCAAACAGUUGCAGCAGGAGUGUGAGCAGCUGCAGAAGAUGUAUGGGGGGCAGAUUGAUGAAAGAACCCUGGAGAAGACCCAGCAGCAGCAUAUGUUAUACCAGCAGGAGCAACACCAUCAAAUUCUCCAGCAACAGAUUCAAGAUUCUAUCUGUCCUCCUCAGCCUUCUCCGCCUCUUCAGGCUGCAUGUGAAAAUCAGCCUGCCCUCCUCACUCACCAGCUCCAGAGGUUAAGGAUUCAGCCUUCAAGCCCACCCCCCAACCACCCCAACAACCAUCUCUUCAGACAACCCAGUAACAGUCCUCCGCCCAUGAACAGUGCCAUGAUCCAGUCUCACGGUGCAGCAUCUCCCUCCCAGUUUCAAGGCUUACCCUCCCGCAGUGCAAUCUUCCAGCAGCCACCUGAGAACUGUUCUCCUCCUCCCAACGUGGCACUGACCUGCUUGGGCAUACAGCAGCCUGCCCAGUCACAGCAGGUGACCAUCCAAGUACAGGAGCCUGUUGACAUGCUUAGCAACAUGCCGGGGACAGCUGCGGGCUCUGCUGGGCGGGGCGUCUCCGUGAGCCCCACUGCCAGUCAGAUUCAGAUGCAGCACCGUGCCAACCUGAUGGCCACCUUCAGCUACGGCCACCGGCCCUUGUCCAAGCAGCUGAGUGCUGACAGUGCAGAGGCCCACAGCUUGAACGUGAAUCGGUUCUCCCCUGCUAACUACGACCAGGCGCAUUUACACCCCUACCUGUUUUCGGACCAGUCCCGGGGUUCCCCCAGCAGCUACAGCCCUUCAACAGGAGUGGGGUUCCCUCCAACCCAAGCCCUGAAAGUCCCUCCACUUGACCAAUUCCCCACCUUCCCUCCCAGUGCACAUCAGCAGCCACCUCACUAUACCACGUCAGCACUGCAGCAGGCCCUGCUGUCUCCCACGCCGCCAGACUAUACAAGACACCAGCAGGUACCCCACAUCCUCCAAGGACUGCUUUCUCCCCGGCAUUCGCUCACCGGCCACUCGGACAUUCGACUGCCCCCAGCAGAGUUUGCACAGCUCAUUAAAAGGCAACAGCAGCAGCGACAACAGCAGCAGCAGCAAGAGUACCAAGAAUUGUUUAGGCAUAUGAACCAGGGAGAUGCUGGGAGUCUGGCUCCCAAUCUUGGGGGACAGAGUAUGACAGAGCACCAGGCUUUACCAUAUCAAAAUACUGACUCAUACCACCACCACCACACCAGCCCCCAGCAUCUUCUACAAAUCAGAGCACAAGAAUGUAUCUCACAGGUUUCCUCACCCAGCCCGACCCAUGGUUAUGCUCACCAGCCGGCACUCCUGCCUUCGGAGAGCAUGGAAGAGGAGUGCUCAUGCGAGGGGGCCAAGGAUGGCUUUCCAGACAGGAAGAGUUCAAAUGCAUUGACCAAAGGUUGCCAUGACAGUCCCCUACUCCUGAGUACUGGCAGACCUGGGGACCCUGAAUCUUUACUAGGAACUGUGAGUCAUGCACAGGAAUUGGGGAUACAUCCAUACCGACAUCAGCCACCUGCUGCAUUCAAUAGAAAUAAGGUGUCCAGCCGAGAAUUUCUUGACAUCAGAAUAGCCAACUUUAACUUCUGCAAUAGAAAAAAGUCAACCAAUGAAUCUGUCAUAGGGAAUUGCCUGGAUAGAAGUUCUCCAGGACAAGCAAUGGAGCUGCCAGAUCAUAAUGGACUUGGGUACCCAGCUCGCCCCUCAGUCAGUGAGCACCACAGGCCUCGGACCCUCCAGAGACACCACACAAUCCAGAAUAGCGACGAUGCUUAUGUACAGCUGGAUAACUUGCCAGGAAUGAGUCUCGUGGCUGGGAAAGCACUUAGUUCUGCCCGGAUGUCAGAUGCUGUCCUCAGUCAGUCCUCACUUAUGGGGAGCCAGCAGUUUCAAGAUGGGGAAAAUGAGGAAUGCGAGGAGAGUCUAGGAGAUCAUGAGCACCUAGACCUAACUGAUGGCAGCCAGCAUUUGAACUCUUGCUAUCCAUCAACAUGUAUAACAGACAUACUACUCAGCUAUAAGCACCCCGAGGUCUCCUUCAGCAUGGAACAGGCAGGCGUGUAACAGGAACCAAGAGUUUGUGUACAGCUCGGGAAUAAAAUAAUGGACUUUAAACCAACAGUAUCUAGCAGCAUUGCACCAAAUUGCCAUUGUGUUUCUCUCCAGCCAGAAUGUCGUGGCUCCUUUCCUCGCAUUUAGUUUAUCCAUGUGUUGUUCUAUGGGGUUUUGAGGGGGUUUUGCCACAUUUGCUUGUAUGACCAAGUCACCCAGGAAAUAAACAGGAAAUCCACAUUUGCCACCUUUUGUGAAAGUGUAUUUGAUGUAUUGCAGUUGUGGGUUUGGUUUUGGUUUUUUGGUAUGUUUUCUUUUGGAGCUGAUCUUCUUCUUCUUCUUCUUCUUCUUCUUCUUCUUCUUCUUCUUCUUCUUCUUCUUCUUCUUCUUCUUCUUCUUCUUCCUCUUCUUCUUUUUUUAAUUUUGCUUUUCCUUCC